CUGAGUCCAACCCACCAGAUUUUCUUUCUUUCUUCACACGAACUCCACAAAAGACUAUACGUACUUUUCAAGGAUGAAUUUUUAUUCAUAUAAGGCAUUACUUUCAAAAAUUGGAAAUCAUUUAUUGACAGACUGCUUUUGUUGCUAAGGAUAUCCAGAGAAGAUGUCUAAUAUAUUUAGGAAGUUAUUGGGAAACACUGGUGCUCCUGAUGGGGGAAAAGGGGGCCCCAUUAAGGGGAACACACCAUCAGGAAUGCAGCUAAUGGGAGCCCAGCUGCAGAGAAAGUUUGCCAAAGGAGUCCAGUACAAUAUGAAAAUAGUGAUCCGGGGAGAUAGAACAGUAGGCAAGACUUGUCUGUUUUAUCGUUUACAAGGACAGAAAUUUCACGAAGAAUACAUCCCCACUGAUGAAAUUCAGGUUUGCUGUAUCCAGUGGAAUUACAAAACCACAGAUGACGUGGUCAAAGUGGAGGUAUGGGAUGUCGUAGACAAGGGAAAGAAAAGGAAGAAAAUGGAUGGACUAAAACUUAGUAAUGAAGAGGAAUCUGAUGAACCUAGCUUAGAUGCUGAAUUCAUUGAUGUGUAUAAAGGAACUCAUGGAGUGAUCCUAAUGUAUGAUAUAACCAAACAAUGGACUUUCAAUUAUGUGGAAAAGGAAAUGGAGAAAAUCCCGGUUCACAUUCCUGUCCUUGUGCUGGGAAACCAUCGAGACAUGGGACAUCACCGCACAGUGCUGGAAGAUAAAGCCCGCUAUUUCUGUAUGCAUUAUGAAAGGCCUAUGGGGUCAGCCAUCAUAAGAUAUGCUGAGUCAUCUAUGAGGAAUGGUUUUGGUCUCAAGUAUCUCCACAAAUUCUUCAACCUUCCAUUUCUCACUCUACAGAGGGAAACGUUAAUGAAGCAGCUGGAAAUAAAUGCACUUGAUAUGGAAUCCACUUUAGAGGAACUUGAUAUCCACGAGGAGUCAGAGGAACAGAAUUACGAUGUAUUUAUCGACAGUGUGUGCAAUAAAAGAAGACAGCAGCAAGAGGAGCUUGCCAAACCUGUUACAGAAGGAGCCACCUUACAUCAGGAGGUGGUCCAAAGUUCAGAUAAAACUGACAACUCAACUGUGCCAAAGUCCUUGUCCAUGCCUUCUCUCCAGAAGACGACCAUUGCUCCAAAAGAAUCGGCUUCUGUUGGCAACACUCCAGUAGGGGCGGGGCAACCAAUUCCAACUGACACACCCACUCCAUCAGAAUCAACCAAUCAACAGCAAGAACAAAAGUCAGGCUUCUUCUCAAGACUCUUCAAAAGUAAAGACUCAGCAGCUACGAAGAAAACAGAAUUUGAGGACUCCAAGGUACCAGCCCCUCCCACAGAACCUGUGACAAGUGUGGAGGAUUUCAUCCCAGACGGAGGGGUCAUCGACAAAAGCUUUCUGGAGGAUAUGAAGGAAGUGAAGGAUUCUGGGAAAUCUGAGGCUACAGUAGACAGUGACAGUGAGGAGUCAACGGGAAAUCCAAUGGUGGCUGGCUUCCAGGAUGACCUUGACUCAGAAGAUGAUUACACAAGCAGCCAAUCAAAACAGGUGAUAGCUGAGGAUUUGGAUCUAUCUAGUGAUGAGGAGAAACCAAGCAUCAUGUCUGCCCAGUCAGGAGGACAUUCUAGUGUUGAAGAUGAUAAAAGACCUGCUAUCAAAAAGAAUGAGGACAUUUCACAGAGUGAUGAAGAUACAACUCCCCAACAAAUCAGUGUUGCUCAGGACUACGAUCUGUCAAGUGAUGAAAAUGACAAUGAAUUCUCCAUACAGACUAAAAAAAAUACUGAAACAGUGAAAAAUAAACCAAACCCUGACUCUCAUGUAAUCUCAGAUGUGACACAUUUUAGAGUUCCAAGUCCAGAUAUGGACUCUGCAGAUGAAACAAACAAACAAUCAAGUAACACAAUGAAAGCUGAUGUCAAGGAUACAGAGGUGAUAUCUGAUGGAGCGAGGGAGGGGUCUCCUUCCAGUGAUGGGCGGGGGAUGCCUGUUAAGGACCCGAGUGUCACAAAACCCACCUGUACAGAGGGCACGGUUCAUGUCUCCUCUGAUGAAGAGGAGGAGACUCCAGUGGUGAUUUUGGCAGACGAGGACGUCAGCGAGGAAGAGCUUGUGGUCAGUACGACCACAGACCAGGCCGGCCUCUCUGAUUGGCUGGAUCAACUCGAGAGUAAGGCAGGCAUUAAUGAUGAUGAUCUCUCAUCCAGUCCAGAACCUCAGAUUAUUUCUAGUCAUUCCAAGCCAAAAAAAGUUUCCAGUAAGUCAAAGGUCAUGGUCAGUGAAGUGGAGGAUCAAAGAGAGGUGAAGAAGAAGAAAAAGAAGAAAAAAGAGAAGGAUGAGACAGGAGCAAAAAAGAAGAAGUCUUCCCAAGAGAAAGAGGGUGGUAAAAAAGAGAAAACUUCCGAGAAAGGAGCAGGGGAUUUAAAAAAGAAGGAAAAAAAGAAGAAAAAGAAGAAAGAAAUGACAGAGGAAGAGGAAAAUCGAAAUGAACUGGAGGCAUUCCUGAAUGAUGGUGGGGGGUACGAGUCUUUAUAGACAUAUCGAUGAUAUAUACACCUAAAUGACUACGUUAUUUUGUAAGGCAAUGUACGAUGUAUGAGUCUGUCUAGAGACAUUGCUGUUGGCACUAUUUACAUAUAUAGACACUGUGCAAAAGACUCUAAUGGAAACACGUGGCAUAGCUUGUGUCUCGGGUCUUUUAGUGCCUGUUUUAUUUUGUGUGAUUCUACACAUAUCAGGAAAUAGAUUCCAUAUUAGCUUAACAGUAUUGAAUUAUAUUGUGUUAAAACACAGUCUAAAAACAGACUAAAUGCAUUAUUUAUUUUACUAGCUAAGUAGAAAUAAUGAGCAAGGCUUGAUAAUUGUAAUUAAUUGUUUAACAUCUCUUAAAGUCAGCUUUACCCAUGAAUUUAUGUUGGUUUUUUUGUUUGUUUUUUUAAUUAGUGUUAUGUGUGCGAAAGUGGUUCCAAUCCAUUUCUUGACUGAAUCUGCAUGCUUUCUGUAAAUAAAGAAAAUUUUAUAAGGGUAAUUUUGCCACACCUCCUACACUGAGAUUAUUUUGGGGGAAAUAAGAAAAACAGAUUGAUCAUAAUGAAUUAUUGGAGAAAUUGUGUUUCUUUUUUGUCUGUCCAUAACUUUUAACACCUCAAAAAAUUUCCUUACAUCAGCCUGUACAUGGAAAUUUCAUGACUGUUGGCAUGUAGUGGUUAGAGCACCUGACUAUAUAAUGCAAGUUCUGCUCCAGCCAACAUUUUCAUUGUGGACAUGUAUUUGUUCAUUUCUCCUUUUUCUUGUAAAAUAUUAGCUGCUAUGACAGGUUAGUGUUUCAUUUUUUUAAAAAUCAUUUUUAUGCUAUGACAUUGUGCAAUUUAUUGUAGGGUCAAGGAUACUUGUGUGGUCUUUUUUUUCCUGUGUCUUCUCACUUUUGUUAUGUCUCAAGAUCUUGCAUAUUUAUUAUAAUUGUUUGUUGAUUACAAACUAAAGAGAUUUCAGUUUUUAUAUAUUUUAAACUUAAAUGCAGUAUGUCUUUUCCGAGUCCAUUUUAUCAUUGCUUGCCAUCAGCUUGAAUAAAAUAAAUUCACUUUCAUGAACCCCAAUCUUUGGUUAUAAGAAAUGCUUUAUCCUUUAAAGUUGGCCCCAAUACUGAGAAUUUAGAGAGAUAGACUUUAUUAGGAGACUUAUAAUUUGAUUAUUUUUUUUUAAAACACAGACACACAGUGUACUUAUUUGAUUAAUUUGUUAAAAAAACACAACACGCAGAUAACAAGCAAAUUUGAUCUGGAUUUCUGUUUGUUGACCAUAUUUUGUAAGUAAUAUGGAAUAUGUUUUUUACAAAAAAUUAUAUUGUAGUGUGUGUCGCAAACAGAAAAUCUCCCAAUGCUAGAUCACUUGCUAAGUAGAAAAAUGAGACGUGUGUCGCAAACAGAAGAAAAUCUCCCAAUGCUAGAUGACUUGCUAAAUAGAAGAAUAAUCUGCUUCCCUACCUGAGAUUAUCAGAUAUUUUCUUGUCUACAAGGCAGCACUGGUUUAAUGUCUAAAAGAAAAUCUUAUCCUGGGGAUAUAAUUUUAUAAAAUAAUUUUCAUUUUAAAUAUUGCUGCUUAAACCAAGAUUUGAACUUGAAUUAAAAAAAGUAAACUUCAGUUCAAUAGUAAGUCUUCCCUUUUUUUAAUGUUAGGAGUAUACAGACUUUUCUUGUCAGUUUCUUAAGUUAAUUUAAGAUGUGUCAAAAUGCUCUAGCGAGUAUACCUGCUUAGUAAACGGUAUGCUCAUUAUGGGUCUGGAUGUAAAGUUUAUGAGAAUCAUUUUUCUGUAAAGCAAAACGUAGCAGACUGGGCUUUCAGCCUCUGCUUAGUUUUUGUGACACAUGAACUGUUGAUAAGAUAGAAAUGGAUUCUGAAUUAUAAGAUGGAGUGAUGGCUUGUUAUGAAGUUAUUUAUGCUUUAGUUUAUACAUAUACAUACAUGUAUGUAUUACAAGGAUUUUAUGUGAUAUUUUUUCCAUGAUACUAAAUUAAUAAAUUGAUUAACU